GCCACGCGCGGUUCGUAUAAGAUUAUUACACGCUCUUGCGUGUGACAGCACGAAGGCACCAUAAUAUGCACGUGAAAUUCAAAUUCAAACAUUUCGUAGGAACGCAAUGAGCAUUACUGGCGUACGAGUAAAAAUAUAUGACGAGGAAAAGUGCAUCCACGAGACUGUCCGGUCUGAUGGGGACGACCUGAAAGCAUUGAUGCAAAAUCUGCGAGAUACGCAGUCAGAGAUCAACAGUUUUUUAACCACGCUCAUUCAACGGCGAGAUGUGUCCAGCGUUCGAUUUUUGCAAUUUGGCAGAAAUGACAAAUCAAUCGAGCUCUUCGGAUGACAUUGACUCGGACUCCGCCGAAGAAGAGAAGGAAAAGGAGGAAGAUGACAUGCGGGCUAACCCCAAAAAAUGCAAAUUGUCGUCUUAAGUUGUGUAGUUAAUUAAUAAAUAUUACACUAUUAAUGCUUCAAUAGAGUGUACGAGUGUCGUUUUAUAAAUACGUUUUCACCUCCAGUUCCAACUGCACGAUUCCGAAGUGCGGAAUUCAUUUUUUAUCAAAUUCGCUGUACCCAUAAUGACAAAUGGCUAGAACGUGAUAACACGCGUCGCGCUUCCUGAGUGAGAACAAUAGCCGUUAACUGUUAAGUGACGACAGACGUGGCGGUACGAACAGCCUGACCAAGAUUCACGAACUCUACUUGCGAAAACAUGUCUACUAUGUUGUCAAACGAGGUUCAACUGCGUUACAUGAUAGAAUGGUUUCAAGAAUGGUCCGAGAUGCAGCGGAAUGAUUUUCUGAGCGUGUUGCUGGAGAAUUGCGGACCUGCAGGACUUGUGAAUGGAUUGGUGACUGGAAUGGAGAAGUUAAAUUGUGAAUCCGACAGACCACCGAGUUUGUUUCAGUGUCGGGUCAAACUUUUCAGAGAGUGGAGUAGUAAUUGGUCACAAUAUGAGAAAAAUUCUUUGUUGGCAGCUAUUAAGAAUACAGACAGUAAGUUUGCUGAAAUGUAUGAAGAAAGAUUAUCGUCAUUGGAAGAAGACAAACAGUAAUAAGCAAACUUUUAUACUGUAUAACUUACAAAUUCCAGAGAGAAAGACAUGCAUUUCUGUUUUUAAAAAUUAAUAUAA